UAGUUUCGCCUUAGAGGAACGAAUCCGUUUAUUCUCUCCGACUUUGCUUCCUUGAGCUGCUGUCAUUUCGCUUCUGUAGACAGAAAUGGUUCGACACGACGCCCGAUUAAUCAGGGAAGGCGAAUCGAAUGGCAGGAGAGUGAAUGAGACGACGUGACGGGGUUUUAUGAAACGAAAAAAGACGAAGUGAAUACAUCGAAUGGAUGGUGGAAACCAUGAGGCAUGACAGUGUUGUGGCCCACUGCGGACACAGUUGCAGGGGCAGAUUGAAUGCUGCUGAAGUCUCAAGGCUCUGAGCCUUCUGGAGUGCUGCCAUGACCAGUCAGGGAGGCAGCAAUGUGGACACACCCAGCCACCUACCUUCCUCGUCAUCCUCAUUUCUCCGGCCAUCCUCAGGUCCAAAACUACAUGUGCAACGCUCGCUCUCCCGUGACACAAUCACCAUCCAUUUCUCAUCCCAGGGCAAGGAGGAGGAAGAGGAGGAUGAAGAGCUCUACAAGUUGGCUGUGUCCACAUCUGCUCUGGAUGGGGAUGACCAGGGCAUAGUCACAGCUUUGGAGGCCAGCGAGGAGUUGCUGUUUGAAGGCACAGGAACAGGACUAGGUUCAGGUGUGCCCCCCGUGUCUUCUGCUAUGACAUCAUCAUCUUCGGUGGUCACCCAUACCCAAAGCUCAGCCUUAGCCAUCCAGCCAUUAUUCACAAGCCUUGGCUCCUCUUCCACUUGUAGCCCUUCUAGCUCCUCCUGGCCCUCAGAGCACUGGACCCAACUCCCUCCACCUGCCACUUACUCUGCCUCUUCCACUUCGUCUCCAGUCAAGGCCACAGCUGUGCACUCAAGGCCAUUCCUCAGCCUCGUGAGGUCUCUCUCCACUGAGGUGGAGCCUCGUGAAGGUGUCCCUUCAGCAACUGCCCCUCAGCCUAUGCGACACAGACAUCUGAUGAAGACUCUAGUCAAAUCUUUGUCCACUGACACAGCCCGUCUUGAACAGGAAACCCCAGCACACCGGCCUCCUGAUUCCCGUCGUAACCUACACCUCUUCAAACCUUUUACCCAACCUCGUGUCACUGCCACUGCCAGUGGUGACUCUAAAACAGCGCCAUCCUCGCCCGUUGCUUCGCCUGAUGGUCGUUCCUUCUUCAAGGUACAGGAAGUUGAAGCACGCAUUGAAGAUACCAAGCGGCGUCUCUCCGAGGUAAUGUGUGAACCGCUGCAGCUGCUUAGCAAGAUUAUUGGUGAGGAAGGAGGAAGUACUGCUAGUGGAGGUUCAACAACUGGGACAGCGUGGGGAGCCCAACAUCCAAAAAGUCUCUCAUCUAGCACCUCGGAGCUCUGUAGUCUUACAGCCCUCAAUGGCCACCUGGAAAGCAAAACUGACUAUUGCAUCAAAGAGGAAGAUGACUUUGAGGGUGACAGUCCACCAGGGAUAGCCACCAAUGUUAUAUUUAAGUCACCCUCACUAGGCCUAGACAGGUGCUUUAUGUCAGCCUUGGCCAGGCAGGAAGAUGAAGAGUUCUGUGAGCUCUACAGUGAAGAUUUCGAACUCUGCACAGACACGGAAGCCGAUGGUGACCUUGGCAACUCAGCCCACCUCCAGCUGGGUAGCACAGCAUGCAGCGAAGAACCAACUGAGGGGGGUGAGGAGGAGGAGGAGGAGGAGGAAGAAGUGCCUCCGACCAUACCACAUAAUGGUCUCAUCCUUCUCAUUUCUGUUGUGUACGGCUACUUUGUUUUGCCAUUGCCCACAUACAUAGGUGGUGUUUUGCUUGGAGUAGCUGCAGGCUUCAUGUUAGCAAUAUUGGUGGUGUGGCUGUCAGCUCCACGUAGUUCUUCUUGGGGACCUCGCUUCAGACGAUGUAAGAGAGAACGCUGGAAUGGGGUGCCUCUAGACAUCAAAGAGCCAAUCAUCUAUAAGGGUUGGAUGAACGAGAUUUACAGCUAUGACCCAGAGGCCUACCACGCCACGCUUACCCAUUCAGUAUAUGUGCGUCUUGAAGGCUCUGUGCUACGUCUCUCCAAACCCAACCGCAAUGUUCCCCGCCGUGCCACCUUCAAUGAGCCCAAACCAGACAUCACAUACAUCAGCCAGAAGAUCUAUGACCUGACCAACAGCAAGAUUUACCUGGUGCCCCACAGCCUGGCCAGAAAACGUGUGUGGAACAAAAAAUAUCCCAUUUGCAUUGAGCUGGCCAAACAGGAUGACUUCAUGUCGAAGGGGGACCAAACUGAAUCUGAGGAUGAGAAAGUCCUUGCUUCAGGUGAAAGGACUGAGGGGGUAGUGGGUAGUGAGGACACCAAGCGCCCCACAGACCCUAUCCUGUACCUGUUCGGGAGGACAGGAAGAGAGAAGGAAGAAUGGUUCAGGAGGAUGCUGCUAGCCUCCAGGCUCAAGGCUGAGAUCAGGAAACCCUCUGGCCUGCUUGCAUCUUGCCUCCCCUCCUACAGCAGUGGGAGCAGCCAAGCAGGCGCUUUGUCUCACAGUUGCAGCAGUAGUCAGGGCAGUCUAGAUGAUGUGAUACAGCCUAAACCACGGCAGAAGGACGUCAAACAAAAAGUACUGGACUACAAUGUCUACAUGGCUAAAUAUAUCAGCCACUCUUCAGGGAGCCCAAAUCCCAGCCCUCUUCACAGUACUGAUAGCAGUCCGAGGAGCGCAACGAAGUUCCCAGCAGGUCCUGGCACAGAGGCUGAGUCUGAGGCCUGGGUCAACGCCCUACUGGGCCGCAUCUUCUGGGACUUCCUCAGGGAGAAGUACUGGGCUGAUAUGGUCUCCAAAAAGAUCCAAAUGAAGCUGAGUAAAAUCCGGCUGCCGUACUUCAUGAACGAGCUGACACUGACUGAGCUGGACAUGGGCAUGGCUAUUCCCAAGAUUCUUAAGGCCUCCAAACCAUCAGUGGACCAUCAAGGUCUGUGGUUUGACUUGGAGAUCUCAUACACUGGUUCUUUCCUGAUGACGCUGGAGACCAAGAUGAAUCUGGCCAGGCUUGGGAAGGAGGGAGAGAGCUGUGGAGAACAAGGAAAAGAGGGGCCCAGACCACGUACAUACUGCCUGGCUGACAGCGACGAGGAGUCGUCCAGUGCUGGAUCAUCUGAUGAGGAGGAUCCAACAGAAGUACCUGAAAUGCCGGGGACAGAGGGUUUCGUCGGAGGACACCGGCCGAGCAAGAUCAUGCGCUUUGUAGACAAGAUUGCAAAGUCAAAGUAUUUUCAGAAGGCCACUGAGACGGAGUUCAUAAAGAAGAAGAUGGAGGAGAUGUCCAACACUCCUCUUCUCCUCACUGUGGAAGUGCAAGAGUGCCAAGGCGUGCUGGCCAUCAACAUUCCACCUCCCCCUACAGACAGAAUAUGGUAUGGCUUCAGAAGGCCUCCUCACCUUGAGCUGAAAGCCCGACCUAAGCUUGGUGAGAGGGAGGUCACUUUUGCCCAUGUCACUGACUGGAUUGAGAAGAAACUGGAUCAGGAGUUUCAGAAAAUAUUUGUCAUGCCAAAUAUGGACGACGUGUGGUUACCCAUCAUGCACUCAGCCAUGGACACACGGUCCAGCAUGAACUUAGCUACUGUGACAACCGAUGCCUUGAAAGAUGCGGCUCCCUUGGACCUUGAACAAACUGCGGAUGACUUUUGAAGGCUGAUAAAAGUCUCGUUUGAGACUUUGGGGAGUCAACCAAGGGCACUUGUCAUAUUAUGUUCUUACAUGAAGAUUAGUUGGAAACAUGAGUGUGUCUAAAUGCAUAAUAGUAGACUAAUGCAUUUGUAUUAGACCUUGAACUGAGUUAAAUUCUGCUGAAUAAUGCUUUACAUGCAGAGGCAGUUCUGGCAGUGUUAACCUUGGAUUAAAAUCAGCUAUGGCCACAGCAAACAUCUGGGUUGGAGACCUCUUAUACAUUUACAGACCACUUUAUUAGAAACACCUGCUCAUUCUUGCAACUAUUCAAUCAGCCAAUCAUGUGGCAGCAGCAGUGAAUACAGAUCAUACAGAUCAAGCGCUUCAGUUGUUCACAUCAAACAUCGUAUUGGGGGAAAAAUGUGAUCUCAGUGACUUUGAACAUGGCAUGGUUGUUGGUGCCAGAUAGGCUAGUUUAAGUGUUUCUGAAAUUGCAGAUCUCCUGGGAUUUUCACACACAACAGUCUCUAAAGGUUACACAAAAUGUUGAGGGGGAAAAAAAACAUGAAGUGAGCUGCAUUUCUGUGGGCAGAAACACCUUGUUGUUGAGAGAAGUCAGAGAAGAAUGGUCAGACAGGUUUGAGCUGGCAGGAAGACUACUGUAAGGAGAGGAAGAAUACUCAAAUUACCACACUGUACAACCAUGGUGAGCAGAAAGGUAUCUCAGAACUCACAACAAAUCAAACCUUAAGGUAGAUGGGUACAACAACAGAAGAGCACAUUGGGCUCUACUUGUCAGCCAAGAAGUGAAAUUCUUCACCUGUAUCUGGAUGAUUUUUUUUUGGUUGCGCUGUCGUCAAGCUUUGGUUGAUUUGAUAAUUGUAUGAAUGUGCAGGUGUUCCUAAUCAAGUGUCUGAUGAGAGUAUUUGUUUGCAGCUAAAAGCUGCUUUUGUGUGAUCGGUACUAUACUACUGGAGGUAACUGGUGUGUUAGAAGCUUUUUAUCUCAUUCCUUUGCAAGCCAGUGUGGAAGGCCAACUGAAAGAAUCCCAUGCCACUCCUUUCAAAUCCUGUCCCUGCUAGUGGCUUUUGAUAGGAUAUUUUAAAAUGGUCCUAAUUGAGUGUGUGCCAUUUUCAGCAUUCUUUCAAUAAUGUAAACUAGUGAAAGUAUGUUUGUGGAAUUUUGUGUAUGCCAUGAUUAUCAAUUGCUUUGUGCAAAUGUGCUUUCUCAAGGAUAACCAAUACCAUACAGACGCCAACCUUCACAACGCUCUUUGCUGCCUGAGUCAUCUGUGUCUAUACAAUUAUGCAAGUAGAUCAAUUUCACUGUGUUGAAGGACACCAGCUAAUACCCCAUCUGCCCCAGAAGUGGCACUAAAUCAAGCUGGCUAAUCAAGUACAUACAAACAUGGCGCUCUCUGUAGACUUUGACUUCUCAACCAUAACUUUUCUGGAACUGUCUUUACCAUGGACUUAUAUGCCAUUGUGAACUAUGGAGAAGCCAUCCGAAUGUAUAAGUCAUUGCCUGAUCAUCUCAAUUUAUGGGGUUUGUUAUGAUGAUGUGAUUAUUUUGUUGAUGUGAUUUCAAGAUUUACAAAGAUUCUAAAAUUUGUUUUUAAUGUUGUCAGUUUGUGUUGACUAAAACUGUGUUGUUUCAUA